ACCCGUGUUAUAAGACAUGUAUAGUAAAAAAAAAUAUCACUAAGUUCUUCACAAAUCACGAGAUUAAUAUCAAAUUAUAGCUGACUUAGUAUGUGCAUGGUUGUUCCCGCUUUAUCGGGUGAACUAUUUAAAGUUAGCUUGGGUCUUAAGUCACUUCCUUUUCGAAUGUUUUUGCUUUCAUUUUAUAUUUACACCGUGGCAAGUUCUCUCCUUGAAUUCACUUCCCUCUCAACGCGUCUCAUGCUCUCGUCAGAUGCUCCAAUCUCAGAGACCGAAAUCGUUCCCUGGACUUCCAGUCCUUCGCGUUUCAUGUCUCAAAUGGCUCUCUACCGCCGCCGCCGCAUCCCAAAACCCAGAGGACAAUCUCCGUACCUUCUUCACCGGCAGAAUCAACCAAACCCAAACCGACUACGAGCUCGCAUUGGUUUCAGCUUUAAAGUCCUGCUCUUCCCUCGCGGCCUCCUUCCAAGGCCAGCAAAUCCACUCCCUUGUUCUGAAGUCCGGACUGGACUCCAACAAUUUCAUCAAGAACAGCUUGAUUAACACGUACGCCAAAUGCGGCUUCAUUGCCGAUGCCGAGUCGCUGUUCGAUUCUUGCUCUAAGUUGGAUCCGGUGUCUUGCAAUAUUAUGGUUGCUGGCUAUGUGAAAUCUGGUCGUUUGGAGAGUGCACGCCAGGUGUUUGAAAAAAUGCCUGAGAAGGGAUGUGUCUCAUAUACUACUAUGAUAAUGGGUCUUGCCCAGAAUCAGUGUUGGACCGAAGCCAUUGAGGUUUUCAGGGAUAUGAGGUCAGCGGGGGUGAUCCCGAAUGAGGUGACAAUGGCGACUGUGAUCUCAACUUACUCGCAUUUGGGCAGUAUUUGGAAUAGUCGAAUGCUUCAUGCUCUGGUGAUUAAGUUGCAGCUUGAGGGGUUUGUUCUUGUCUCCACGAAUUUGCUGCACAUGUAUUGGGGUUGUUCGAGUGUAUGCGAUGCAAGAAGUUUGUUUAGUGAGAUGCCUGAGAGGAAUAUAGUUUCGUGGAAUGUCAUGUUGAAUGGGUAUGCAAAAGCUGGACUUAUCGAUUUGGCUAGAGAGUUGUUUGACAAUAUUCAUGCAAAGGAUGUGGUCUCAUGGGGUACAAUGAUUGACGGGUAUGUGCAAGUGGAGUGGUUGAGUGAAGCUUUGAUGAUGUAUCAGGCAAUGCUGCGUACUGGGCUAGGGCCGAAUGAUGUUAUGCUUGUAGAUUUGAUUUCGGCUUGUGGGCGCUCUGAGGCGGUACAUGAAGGUCAGCAACUUCAUGGGACAAUUGUAAAGGAAGGUUUUGACUGCUAUGACUUUAUACAGGCAACGAUCAUCAAUUUUUAUGCAGGCUGUGGCGACAUGAACCUUGCUCGUCGUCAGUUUCAAAAGGGCAUCAAGGAGCAUGUUGCAUCUUCGAAUGCCCUGAUUGCAGGAUACAUAAGAAAUGGAAUGAUCAACCAGGCAAUUUCAUUGUUUAAUGAGAUGCCUGAAAAAGAUGUUUUUUCAUGGAGUUCCAUGAUUUCUGGUUAUGCACAGAGUGAUCAACCUGAAUUAGCUCUAGAACUCCUUCAAAGAAUGGUAGCUACUGGGAUCCAACCGAAUGAAAUUACGAUGGUGAGUGUGUUAUCUGGAAUUGCUACAUUAGGCACAUUGAAAGAGGCAAGAUGGGCACAUGAAUACAUAAUUGAAAACUCCAUUCCUCUCAAUGACAAUCUAAGUGCAGCACUCAUUGAUAUGUAUGCCAAAUGUGGGAGUAUCAAUACCGCCUUAGAGGUGUUCUAUCAAAUCCGAGAUAAAACCUCAACAAUCUCACCAUGGAAUGCCAUCGUAUGUGGGUUGGCCAUGCACGGACAUGCAAAGUUAUCCCUUGAAAUGUUUUCAGACUUGCAAAAGCGUAAUAUCAAACUCAAUUCAAUCACAUUCAUCGGCGUCCUAAGUGCAUGUUGCCAUGCUGGCUUCGUGGAGACUGGGGAGAGGUACUUUAAGAGCAUGAAGAAUGUUUACAACGUAGAACCAAAUAUCAAGCAUUAUGGUUGUAUGGUGGAUCUCCUUGGAAGAGCUGGCCGAGUAGGAGAUGCUGAGAAAAUGAUAAGGAGCAUGCCCAUGAAGGCUGAUGUAGUCAUAUGGGGCACACUUUUGGCGGCAUGUAGAACACAUGGAAAUCUGGAAAUAGGAGAAAUGGCUGCAGAGAGUUUGACAAGGUUGCAACCAUCUCAUGGCCCAGUUAGAGUUCUCCUAUCCAAUUUAUAUGCAGAUGCAGGGAAGUGGGAAAAAGCCUUUUCAGAGCGGCGAGCAAUGCAGAGCCUAAAACUGGAGAGAUCUCCAGGGCACAGUGAUGUUGUAUGAUAAGGGUGCUGGGGUCUUAAAAUAUUCAAAGUUUCCGUCAAUUUGAAGAUGUGGGCUGCUAUACAAUCGUUCUGGAGAGAAAGCUUUCAACUUGUACCAUAAAGAAUUGAAAUAAUUUGACAUUCAAAUGUAACUACAAUUUUCAAGCUGAAUUUCAGAAGGGAAGAAUAAAGGUAAACGGAAAACAAUAAAUUACGGCUCGCUUUCAAUUAUCAUUUCUGCAGCUGCACCCAUGAAAUCAACACCGCCAAUCCCCAGCAAAUCUAGAGCAAGCUCCUCCUCAUUCCACUGUCUCAGCCGCUUACUGAUUCUCUUCAAGGCAUCUACGUCAACGUCCAGCAUCCAAGUCGGCAUGCAAACCACCAUGAGGCUCAUGAAUCCCAAGACAUACGCGCGCCAGGUGAUCUGGUCACAGCCAAGAGAUAUCUGACCAUCUAGUGCACUUGCAAGAAAUUCCAUGUGGGUUCCAAGAAUCUUUGGACGCCGCUUGGAUCCCCAGGAUGAUGAGUCAAUACCCCAUACAAAGCCUCCACACAGCGAUGCAAAGUAAGCAAGCACAUAACCCCUUAACCAUGCAUCUCCGUUUGAUUCUCCAUCUUGUCUGAAACUGUGGAUAGAUACAAACCAUGAAGGCAGAAAUUCUUUAAACAAUGACUGAACCAGAUCUAAGCCUCCUGAUAACCAUACUAAAGAAGCCGCAAGUGAAGCCAUAAGUUUACCCCGAGUGAGGUUUGAAGCCAUGUGAUAUUGUCCUUUUAUCAUUGCAUUCUUUGCUGCCUUCAGUCUCUUGCAUCUCUCGGUAGGAACCUGUCCUCCUGUUAUCUCACUCACGGAAUACAUCAUGAGGGAAACAAUCUCUUUAUUCAAGAAGACAAUGUCCGAUAAAUAUGGAUAAACAUGUAGAUAGAGGAUCCCAGGGGCAACAGGAGAAACCCUUCCAUGGAUGUGAGAUCCAAUUCCAUGGGCAAGAAGAGCUCCAAUACCUCCAUUGUAUGAGAGAGGAGAGGACUGCAGGCCAAGUGUCGCAGUGAAGCAGCUCUUAAGAACCUGGAUCAGAGCAUUGGGGUGUUGGAGGAAGACAGCACGAGAUGCAGAGAAGACAAAGUGGUUGCCCCAACGCUUUGCUUUCUGGGUCCAGAGUGAAAAAACAAUCGGCAUGCAGGGCCAGGGGCAACCAGCUGCAAUGGAGGCCAUGGCCACGGUGCAUAAAUCGAGAUUUGCAUCAGGACAGGGCCAAUCUGUUCCGUUCAUAUAAGCUGGUUUCCAAACACCCCUUCGUAUUUCAGCUGAUAAGUAGCUCACAAUGGUUCCCAAAGAUGCAGGAAGAAAAUCAACCAAGACUUUAAGCCCUAAGACAACAGAGCAUCUAGGAUUUUAGUAGUACACAUAUGUAAAGCCAAGUAAUUGCAGUGACUCGAAAAACACGUCAGAUUGGUUCUGAAGUACAGUUUGCCACGUAGGUUUCCUGGACGGCAGAUAAUGCUAGCGGACACACACACACACACACACAAAAAGAUACUUAAGACUACUUUUGAGUAGGUUCCUUUCAUUGAAGAUGAAUCCAAUUAUAGGUAAUUAUAAACGGGUACUUUACUUACCCGUUGCCAGUUUUCGGGGAGUGAGUCUCCCAUGGUUACAAGCUGUUAAAGCAGCAUCGGCUACAAACGGAACAGCUGCAAGAAUAUCCCAAGCUGCAGAGUUUCUUAAAUAAGUAUCUUCGUCUGCUUCUUUAGACGGACUACCACUAACAGAAGCAUUAGAAUCUCUUCCUUGUUCUUUGUCUUUGAACAUCAUGUUUAAAAGCUCAUCAACAUGGCGAUGAAUGGGGUUUCCAUGGGUGAGUCCAGGGGGGGUGGAAGCUAUGCAAGCAUUAUGCUGCAUGUACCAGGCUUUUAAUUUCGGGAAUGAAUCAAUGAAGAUGGGCUGUGCAGAUGAUGAGCUUGAAACUGCUGCAAGUCUCCUUUUCUCAGGAUCCUGGCGGACCUUUUCAGAGGAUACUAGGUGGGAGUUUCGUACUAACAGAAAGUAUUCGGGAGUAAGGUUGGAUUGAACAGUUGGAACGUAUCCUAGUUGGUCGGAAAAGCAAUGAUUAAACCUCCACAGUUUCAAAAUAAGAGUGAAUCCAUUAGAAAAUACAGCAUGAGCAGAGGUUUCUGUCCCUGGUGUGCUACUCCAAGUUUCAUUAGGUACACAUGACCCGAAAGUCUCACAGAUCGCCAUCACUGAGCAUGCUAGUUGUGGAACCUGGCAACAGCAUUACAAAACCGAACGACAUCAAUUUUCGCCUAAAUAACAGCAUUUAGGUUAAUGAAAGUAAAAGUACCAUGCCAAGGAGUGAGAAAAUCUUGAUGCAGUCGAUGGACGAUAUCCCCACAACAAGGGCAUUCAGAAACGGAGCAUAACCGAUCAGAUGGCUGCCGCUGCCGCUGCCGGAAUAAUUUGCAGGACAUGGAGGAGACAACAGCCUGAUAAUAAAAUGGGCAGUGUGUUCCUGCAUGAAAUGCGGACCUUAAUGCAUGAUGAUGGAGAAGAUCUGAAGAAUGAAAGAGAGAAGGUAAGGGACAAGAAUGUAAUUUACUUGUAUAUUCCAACCCUGAUUCAGGGAGGCCCCACAAAGAACGGUAACUGCUGAUAUUUUCUCAGAAUCUGAUCCGUUGAUGGCUAUCUCAUAUAUUUUCUCCAGUUCUGUUAAACUUCCACCAAAACCAUGAGCUUACAUUCAAUUGCUUACCAAAGGCGUUGGGGUUUGCACAAAAAAGAGCACAUGAUGUGGGAUAACAUAUAUUGUUUUUAUUAACUGUUGUACACGAGAUUUGAACUUAUAAUCUGAAGAUCAACAUUAACAUGAGUGAUCAUAUUAAAA